AGGAGGAGGAGGAGGAGGAGGAGGAGGUGGUGGUGGUGGUGGAAGAGGUGCCGGAGACACAGCAGCAGGAGAGUGAAGAGGAUAGUACGACGGAGGAGGAGGAGAUACCGGAGACGCAGCAGGCGGAUGAUGAUGACGAUGACGAUGACGAUGACGAGGGAGGUGAGGAUGUGGUGAUGGGGGGGACGCAGCUGGAGGGUGGGCAUGCGGAGUUCCCAAUAUAUGUUGACCCUGAGGAGGGGGGUGGGCAGGCGGGUUUCAAUAUAUAUGUUGAUCCUGAGGAGCGAGACGGGGGUGGUGGGAAUGUCGUCCCAGGAACGCAGCCGCAGCCGCAGCCGCAGCCGCAGGGCGUGCUGGGCGAGAUUGUGCUUGAGCCCUCGAAGAGGCUCAAGGAAAUCUCCGAAUUCGUCGCAGAGCUUGGGGGCGUCAUCGGGAUGACGCUUGAUGAGAAGGUGGAGAUGGUGAAGAGUAUAUGGAACACCUAUCGGGAACUGGGUGGCGCCGAUCUGGAGAACCAGGAGGAUGUCGACCUGGAUAACCAGGAGAAUAUCGAUCUGGAACACCAGGAGGAUUUCGAGGAAGAGGAAGACGAGGAGAAUGGCGAGGAAGAGGAAAACGACUACUCGGAGAACAGUUUCCUCACUGAAAAAGUGCCCGCCAGACAGAUGGUCUGGGUGGAAAUCCGUAGGCGCGAAGUCAUAGACCCUUCGUUGGAAAACUACCCCACGCCCAGCUCGGGAGAGAAGAGUCCUACUGCCGUCGACAUAUUGUUAAGUCCGGAUGAUGCUGACCAUGCUGGGAGUACCACCGGGACGAAAAAGAGGCCGUACCAGGAGGUUUCUCAAGCAGAAAACGGGGCGUUACCUAGGAAGAAACCUAGAAUUCAUAUUGGACCUCGCCAUGCAUGGGACGUGGUGCCAGCACUCAACAAAGAUAUAUACCCGGGCCCUGGGUCUCCAGAUGAUAGUGGAGACGACGACGACGACGACGACGACGACGACGACGAUGGCGAGGACGGAAACGACGAAACCGAACGGGUGCGGCGCCUGAAGGCUCAGAUCGCCGAACUGAAGCGAGACCACAAAUUGGCGACAAGGGAGAUUGCAGUCCUUGAGGAUCAACUCGUACUUCGCGAACCUACUGGUACUUCCCACUGGCCCGACGAGCCGUGGGAUGAGGAAUCCGAUAUCAGAGACCUGUCCUAUUUCGACGGCGGUUAUCAUGAAUACUCCAAGAAAGAAAAGAGAAAAUAUCAGGACGCUUUCCUCCAAGGACUGCCACAUCAGUGGCCCCCGCGAGAUGAAAGCGGCUGGGAGGGGGUGAGAUGGUUAGGCCAAGGUGGCUACGGCCGUGCUGGCUUGUGGGUGGAGUGGGAUGCAAAUCAUAAUGUCAAAGACGUAAGUACAUCCCUCCUGGUGUGAAGCAUUUGUGCCGUCUUACUGGACCAAGAACUGACGGCGGUUUGCACACGAUAGCGUAUGGUCAUCAAGGAUGCCGAGAAUAUAGCCGUCUUCUCGGACCCUAAAUACUGGAGGAA